ACUCUACCCUCUCACACACCACAUCUUCCCACAUCUUCCCACAUCUUCCCAAAAAAACUGAACCAACCUCUCCCUCCACUAACACUAACGCCACUUUUCAACUUUAACUCUACAUACUACCUAGGUAGUAAGGAAUUAUCUGAUAUUGAUUCCAACAUCAACACAUCAACACAUCAACACACCAACACUAUUUUCAUUUACUUCUUUUCGUCAUAACUUUCUCGCUCUUCUUUUUUCUUCAUUCGUCGCAUCAUCAUCACCAUAACCAUUACUAUCGCCCUUACUAUCACCAUCAACUAUCACCAUGUCUUCGGACAUCAUGUGUUCACCGUCGCGCCUUGAGAGUCUCAGCCCUGAGCUUUUACUUUGUAUCCUAAAGGAAACUCAUGCCGACGAUCUCCUCACUGUCAUCCAGACCUCGCCAGCUAUGCGACGAGUGUUCUACCAGAACGAGAAGACAGUCUGCAAGACCGUCAUUCAGAAGACGAUUGGCAUGAAACUUCUCCCCAUCGCAUAUGCUCUGUUCGACGUGGCAACAACUUCGGCUAAGGACGAAGUGAAGAUGAAUGAGAGAACUUUUCAUCCUAUGAGUAGUGACAUCAGAUAUCCUCUGGAAGUGCCCGGCGCUGAAAAGCAUCCGCUACGUUACGUUCGAGAUGAUAACUUCGCCAUGCCGACCUGCGAUCUGAAGAUGGCCAAUACGAUGGGCAGCUUCCACGUCAUCGUCGAGAAUCUUCUACCAUACCUUGCGCUGGAAGAUGGUCAGUCGGAUUUUAACUCCAUCAGCUCGUCAGUAAAGGAGCGUUACAUCAAGGCUAUGUAUAUCUUUGAACUGUCACGACUUCUCAAGCCUCGACGUCCACACCUCAGGAACCCAUGGUCUCUUCUGUGGGUCUGGAGAACGUUCUCCCCUUGGGACGCCGCUGGAGCGGAAAUGGUGGGAAACAUGGUGAAGCGAAUUAUCGCGGAGCAGCUCAAAAUCACUCCUAACUACAAGAAAUCCAUCCGCUUCAAGCUUUACGCGGAGUGUUCUAAAAUCUUCAAAAAGCAUAACAUGAAAGUCACCCAAGUAGAACAACUCCAGCUGGUGUCUCUGCAUUGGGGCCUGGAUAACAUCAACUCGGUUCUUCACGGCAACAUCGUUGGUCUGCCGAAGCGCUUCUUCAACUUCGUGGUCAACUACGUUCACAGCAGCAAGAGCGAAUGGUACUUCCCAAAAUCAAUCGGCCCAAUGGAAGAUAUCCUCUGGUUCAUCUGGCUCUACCGACCCCAAUCCGGCGUCCUCAGCGAGGCCAAGAACAUCUUGCGCGUCCUGGAAGAGUACCCGGACGAGGACGACAGCCCACGCGACUUCUGGCUGUGGUACAACGUCUGGAUGAACUCGGAGCCGGGCUCGCCUAUCCGCAUGAGCCACCCUGCCUGGUUGCCCAUCUUUGGCCACGGAGAGUGGAACGCGUCCACCCGUCAUUUCACCCGCGCGUACAACGUGGAGAAUUUCUCGCAGCACAUUUUCCGAGACCGUCCUGACGCAUCCAGUCGCUGGAACUUUCCGAGUCGGGAGAAGCUGGUUGCCGAGUUAGAGAGAAUGGCUAUUGCGGAUGCGGAUGCGUAUGCGGAUGCAGAUACUGAUGCUUGAGGAUGUUUAGAUGGAUAGGGGGUAGGGUUGAUUUGGCAUUCAUGGAAGGAAGGGCGAUUGAUUUGACGAUUGUUUCUAGUGUUUUCGAACACACAACGAUGAAAGGCUGAGAUGAGCUGGAAAUAUUGAGGAUGGUAUUUGCCCACGACGGUAUUUGCUGACGAUGGUAUUCGCUGACGAUGGAUUUCGAGUUCCAAAGGGAAACCAUAUAGCUCUUUAGCUAAGAUAAAUUUCAUUGUGUCACUAAUAA